AUGACAAGGUCUGAAUACCCCUCAGACACCCAGCAGGAAGUAGAUCCGACACAUGCCUACUUCAUGAAGCAAGCUUUAUUAAUGGGCGAGAAAGCACUUGAAAUUGGUGAAACACCCGUGGGAUGUGUGCUGGUGCGUGAUGGUCAACUCAUAGGGUCUGGGAUGAAUGACACCAACAAGUCAAUGAAUGGAACAAGGCAUGCCGAAUUCAUUGCCAUUGAAGAAAUGCUCCGAAGCCACCCCAGGUCGCUGCUUCGCUCAACAGAUCUAUAUGUUACAGUUGAGCCGUGUGUCAUGUGCGCUUCUGCCUUGAGGCAGUAUCAGAUACGAUCGGUCUAUUUUGGCUGCGCAAAUGAGAGAUUCGGUGGCACGGGAAGCAUUCUUUCACUACACUCCGACCCCACAUUAGAUCCCCCGUAUCCUGUGCACGGGGGCCUGUUUCGGGAGGAAGCGAUUAUGCUACUGAGACGCUUCUAUAUACAGGAGAACGACAAAGCGCCUAAACCUCGACCAAAAAAGAACCGGGAGCUCAAGACGAUGCCUGAAAGUGAUGGAGAGUUGCGCGAUAUUACCUAG